GAGACGAGGUCUUUCUGGCAGCACACGAGACAGCCAGGGGAACAGGUGUGUAAGGACGCUAUUUUAUUACUUACCUGCCGCAGGUGACUAUGGUAGAAGUCUAACAAACUAACUGACGAACUGAAGCGAAACAAGUCACAGUUGAUAAAAUGAAUAACCCAAUCCCGUCCAACAUGAAGUCCGAGGCGAAGAAAGCUGCCAAGAUCCUGAGAGAGUUUACUGAGAUCUCCAACCGCACUGGGCCUGACAAACUCAUCCCAGCCAAUAUAUUAGCCAAGUGUCAGGGCCUGGCCAUCAUCACAGUGAUCAAGGCAGGCUUCAUGAUCACAGCUCGAGGCGGCAGCGGUAUAGUCAUCGCUAGACUGGCUGACGGACGUUGGUCUGCUCCCUCUGCCAUUGGUAUAGCUGGUCUGGGCGGUGGCUUUGAGAUUGGAGUUGAGGUAUCAGACCUGGUGGUGAUUCUGAUGCAGCGCAGGGCGGUGGAUUCUUUCUCUAAAGGAGGGAACCUCACUCUGGGGGGCAACUGUACUGUGGCGGUAGGACCGAUGGGGAGGAACGUGGAGGCUGAUGUAGCGCUACGUAGUACAGCAGCAGUGUUUACCUACUGUAAGUCCAGAGGCCUGUUUGCUGGAGUCUCUCUGGAGGGAUCCUGCCUCAUAGAACGCAAAGACACCAACCGCAAGUUCUACUCCCAGGACAUCCGUGCGUCGGCCAUAUUGAAUGGAGAUGUAGAACCUCCCCCAGAAGCUGAUGACCUGUACUGUGUCCUGGAGAGCUACACAGAUAAAUACACUACUGAGUGGACAGCCAAACACCUAGCGCAGAAGGCCAGUGGUCCUCCAGCUAGACCCCGAGCUCCUGCCACACAGAGACCUGCUAGCACAUACAGGACGGAGGCAGUGAAGCCCUCCCUCUAUCCUAGCGUCUCUGCUUUCCAAUCUGGCAGCACAGAAUCCUAUAAGAGAAGUCCAAGUAGCACAAGGACAGUCCAAAACGAUUACGGUGGGGUCGGGCCGUGGGACGCGGGGCCUGUAGUCGUCACGGCGGUACACCCGUUCACAGGGCAACAGCCUGGCGACCUGAGCUUCAACCCUGGCGACCGCAUCACUGUGGUUACCAAGACAGAGUCACAGUAUGACUGGUGGGAGGGAACGCUGAACGGACGGACCGGAAUCUUCCCGGCUAACUUCGUCUCCUACCCCUGAACACACACACACACACACAUACGUACACGCACACACUCACACUCAUACACACACUCUCACACACACAGGUCUGUCACACACAUGGACACUUAUAUUGCUGGGAGUAAUGUUUUCAACACACUACAUUGGACACAUGAUGUCCCACACUCUCUAACACGAACACUCUCCACAAUGUUCAAGACUCACUGACUCUGAUUACUACAGUUCAGGGGAAGGUCUUCCUAUAGGACGGUAUGGGUAGUCACGCUGUCUUCCUAUAGGACGGUACGGGUAGUCACGCUGUCCUCCUACUGGACGGUAUGGGUAGCCACCCUGUCUUCCUAUAGGACGGUAUGGGUAGCCAAGCUGUCCUCCUAUAGGACGGUAUGGGUAGCCACGCUGUCCUCCUAUAGGACGGUAUGGGUAGCCACCCUGUCUUCCUAUAGGACGGUAUGGGUAGCCACCCUGUCUUCCUAUAGGACGGUAUGGGUAGCCAAGCUGUCCUCCUAUAGGACGGUAUGGGUAGCCACGCUGUCUUCCUAUAGGACGGUAUGGGUAGCCACCCUGUCUUCCUAUAGGACGGUAUGGGUAGCCACCCUGUCUUCCUAUAGGACGGUAUGGGUAGCCACCCUGUCUUCCUAUAGGACGGUAUGGGUAGCCACGCUGUCUUCCUAUAGGACGGUAUGGGUAGUCACGCUGUCUUCCUAUAGGACGGUAUGGGUAGCCACGCUGUCUUCCUGAAUUUGUCCAAUAGAAACUCUUGUUUUCAUUGCAAACAUGUUUUUCUACAGUGUUUUGAUUCAUGAAUACACCCCCAGAUGUUACCAGCCAGCUCUGUUCACUUCUAGAGACCCGAACCACGCUGGAAAGGGUGAUGUAGAAAGACUAUAUCCGAGCCAGUGCAGUGCAGUUUGGGUCGGCAAGAUGGUGUGAAUAAGGUACCAGUUUUAGAGCAUUGAACAGAGGAAAGCUAAAGAACGGUGCUGUUAUCACCGACGCUGCUACUCUGUUACACUGUUAUAUUCUCACUCACUAUUUUAUAUGCUGUACGUCAAGUCACAAAUUGGUUUGACAAGGGUGUUUGACAUAUAUUACAAUGAAGUCAAUAGAUUUUAUUUUAUUUUUUCUAUAAAAUGCAUUAUAGAUCAUCUGUGCCUGCAGGUUAUUUUAUGUUCUGAAGUUUCUGGGAUUGUGUGCAGUAUUUUUCUCCGUACUGCCGUUUUGUAUGAUGCUGGAUCAAAAGUAUUUAAUAUAAAAUAAUCUGUUUUAUCUUAACAUCUGUAUGUAAUGAUCGUUUGUACGGAUUUCUCUCUGAAUGUGUGUGUGGAUUUGUAUUAAAGAACCUUGUCUGUAA